UUGGAAACCCUAUGGGACAGUCCUACUCCGUCCUUUAGGGUCUCUAUGAAUCACAAUCAACUCGACGGCAAUGGGUUUUGGAGCCUGGGGUUCCAGAUAUUAUCGGCCGGGCUUGUACGUGGGACCCAUAGAUACCCCAUUCUGAGUGCCAGGGAGUAACAGAUCAGAGGUCAACGAGCCCGACCCCCGGGGAGCACCACAAAAUUCUGGUCCUCAGGUGGUGUCCCCCCGGUGCCCCCUUGUGGAUCCAUCCCAAUUCCACCGGAGGAGGCGGAGCAGCUCUCAUCCUGGGGCCCUCUAGCCUCUUAAGAAAGGCGAUCUUUCGAAGUCCCUUCCUGCUUCCUGCCGUCUAGCUUCGGCGCCGGUGUCUUACCAGCUCAGCGGUCCAGCCAUGUCCAAGGUGUGGUCCUGGCUCCUCCUGGCACCCUCUCUUCUGAAGCUCCUUGUUACUCAUGCAAAUAGAUGCCUGCUGGGGCUGGAGCAGUGACAUCCAGGAUGCCCACAGUUGGAUCUCAGCACCCCUCCUAGCCCACCAUAUGUAAAUGCCGAAGACCCAGGAAUAAGGGAGUGUGACUAAUGGGCAGGAGGUUUUUGUCAGAAGAUGACAGAAGGGACCCUGCUCUGGCUGGACAGGGAAGGGAUAUGUAAAAGAACCAUUUGAGUUGCAUAUGACAAGAGCCCAGCUCCAAUGACUUUAGAACAACAACAAAAAAAUGAUUUAGCCCACAUAACUGAAAAGUCCAGGGUGCAGUGGCUUCAGGAAGAGCUAAUUCCAGGAGCAAAGUGUGGUUAGGAAUUCAUCUCUCCAUCUCUUAUCUCUGUAUUCCUCUCUGUGGGCUUCAUUCUCAGCCAGGCUUUCUGAAAGCAAUGGCAAAGGAGAUCUACCACUUCCCACCAGUCAGCCCCAAGAGAAGGGAAGCUAGUACCUUUUUCUUACUGGGCUAGCCAAAGUUGCAGGAUUGAUUUUGAUUUGGUUCAGCUUGAGUCCUAUGCCCAUCGCUGAAUUAAUCACUGCGGGAGGUGAAUGGAAUAUGCUGAUUGGCCGGGCCUGGAUCGCAGGCACAGAUCUGGAGCCAUAGAGUGGGAUUAGCCCUCUCAACAGGCACAUUGAUUGAGAAGCAGGAGGGGGAAGUCCCUAAAGUUCUGUCAGGGUUGAGAGAGGGAUCUUGGGCAGGCUCAAACUACAGGCAUCCUUGGAAGUGAAGCCAGGGGGCUGAAGAACAGGUGCAGUGGGAGUGCAGGUGAGAGAGCCUCCUGGAGGCUCAAGUUUAAGCUGAGGACAAAGCCAGGACAUGGGUACCAUUGGCUGUGGGAUAUGGCCACUAUCCGUGAUGAUGUCUCCUAAACUGUCAGCUUUGGCUUUGAGUAAGAGAGACUCUCUGGCCUGAGGAGGGAGCAGAGCUUCUGCCUCCACUGUAGAGUCGUGACUCUGUUCUCCUGCCACUCUGACCCUGGGCUCUUUCUUGGAGAAGGCAGUGUAGGGACAGACCUCAUUGCAAGGCUGGGCUCAACUCGGCUCUGUGCAGUGCACAAGGGGCUACCUGUGAGAUGGUGAACUUCCAGUCCCAAGGGUGCCAGCUGGGUGGGGCUGCAGUGGUGGAGACAGCCGGGCCAGGACAGAGCUGUUUUCAGGUCUGGGAGUGACUUGGAGACCUCACUGCAAAUUCAGGAGUUGGGAUGGCCGCGGGGCCAAAAGAAUGCGAGGAGUGGGUGGGCAGCGCAUACCUGUUUGUGGAAUCUUCGGUGGACAAGGUGAUCCUGUCAGAUACCUACGCUAACCCCCAGAAGAAGGUGGCAGUGUACAGCGCCCUGCGGACUGCAUUGGCAGAGAGCAGCGGGAGCCCGGACCAGCUGCAGAUGCUCAAGAUCCAUCGCAGCGACCCGCAGCUGAUCUUGCAGCUGCGUUUCUGCGGACGCCAGCCGUGCGACCGCUUCCUCCGCGCCUACCGCGAGGGGGCGCUGCGCGCCGCGCUGCAGAGGUGCUUGGCGGCGGCACUUGCCCUGAACUCGGUGCUGUUGCAUCUGGAGCUGCGCGCUGGCGCUGAGCGGCUGGACGCUUUACUGUUGGACGAGGAGCGCUGCUUGAACUGCAUCUUUGCCCAGAAGCCCGACCGGUUGCGGGACGAGGAACUGGCUGAACUGGAGGAUGCGCUCCGGAAUCUGACGUGCGGCCCGGGGGGCCAGAGUGACGACGUGGAGGUCGCUCCGGCCCCCUUGCAGUCCCAGGCCCCCUCCCUGUCAGAGAAGCCAUCGCCGCCUUCUGGCCAGACUUUUCUGUUCCAGGGUCAGCCUAUAGUGAACCGGCCACUGAGCCUACAGGACCAGCAGACGUUUGCUCGCUCAGUGGGCCUCAAAUGGCGCAAAGUGGGGCGCUCACUGCAGCGCGGCUGCCGAGCGCUGCGAGACCCGGUGCUGGACUCCUUGGCCUAUGAGUAUGAGCGCGACGGGCUGUACGAGCAGGCCUUCCAGCUACUGCGGCGCUUCGUGCAGGCUGAGGGCCGCCGCGCUACGCUGCAACGCCUAGUGGAGGCGCUGGAGGAGAACGAGCUCACCAGUCUGGCGGAGGACUUGCUGGGCCUGGCGGAUCCCGAUGGCCGCCUAGUUUAGGCCCAGUACCCAGGGAAGGGGCGGUCUGUCAGGCGCUCAGCCAGGAGCACCUUUAUGCCUCUAGGCUCCCUUCUGCUGCUACUGCUGAUCUCUGCCCAUUCACAGGACUCCUAGACCACACUUAAAACCCCACUUGGCCUAUCUGCUGGAGCUGCUGGGGCAGAGUUGACUGCCCCAAGCAGGGACACGGGAAGGGCCCACAAGCUUGCUGGGGUACACCAUUGAGGAUUCCACUCCAGAUACUAGGAUAGAAAUGGGUCUGGGGGACCUGCUGUGGGGUCUGCCUGCCCCCCCCCCCCAAGAGGAGCUUGUGGCCAGUCCUUACCUCUUCACUGAUUGAACAGUUACUCAUUAGGCACCUGCUGUGUCGUAGGCAUCUUCCUGGAUGCUGUAAACACUUGGUGAGCAAGAUACAGGAAUCCUGCCUGCCCACAGCUCACACUCAAUACGGGACCUCAAAAAUUAAGUAACAGUAAUAAAAUGUAACCCAUU